UCUGUGAUUGCACAUUUUGCAAGAGUUAUAACGCGAGGAGUUGUAUAAGUGUUUUGAUUAACUUUGUCAUUUUUGUAUUUACACUCAUCUGAUAUUUCUAUUAAUAUCAUAUCCUGACUUAAAUAUACCCAGUGAAACAACAUGCCGAAAAAUAAAGGAAAGGGAGGAAAGAAUCGAAGAAGAGGGAAGAAUGAAAAUGAAGAUCAGAAGAGAGAAUUGGUGUUUAAAGAUGAUGGUCAAGAAUAUGCUCAAGUUAUAAAGAUGUUGGGUAAUGGAAGAUUAGAAGCUUUGUGCAUCGAUGGAGUAAAGCGCUUAUGUCAUAUCAGAGGCAAGCUAAGGAAAAAGGUGUGGAUAAAUCAAGCAGAUAUCAUCCUAGUUGGUCUUCGUGAUUACCAAGAUGCAAAAGCAGAUGUGAUAUUAAAGUACACGCCCGAGGAAGCAAGGAAUCUGAAAACAUACGGAGAACUGCCUGAAAGUUUCAAGAUCAAUGAGACUGUUACCUUUGGAGAAGAGGAUGAUAACGAGAUCACAUUUGAUUUUACAGAGGGUGGAGAUGAAGAAGAAAUUGAUGAUAUUUAGUAGUAACUUCUGUCGUCAUCAUGGGUUUAAUGAACGGCCAAUAGUUUUGUUGCAGUAAGUUGCGGCUAUUGUAUAUGUUUUGCGUGCGGUAUAUCACACAAGACACUCCCUCGGAACUGCAUAGAUUUAAAUUCAAUAGGUUAGCAAAUAAAAAUAAUGUGAUGGCCAUCUUGACCAGAGUGUGGUUCCACUGCUCAAUCAAACUGAGCAGGUGAACCCUUGCAGAUAUUCAGAUUAGGCGCAUUGGCCAAGGAUUACCACUAGUGAGUACAUUAUCACUCUCCUACAUAUAACAGUUAUUCUUAUCGCUAACAUAACAUUACAUUAUAGACCUUUCCAAAAUGUGAAACUUAACUGACCAAUCAGAAUGUGUGAUUCAAUAGGCAGGACCAGGAAAGGCACGUUUACAACCGCACGCUCGGCCAUGUUCCUCUAUGGAUUCCUGUCGGUUUUUUUUAACCUUACCAAAAAUAUCCAAGGGGAAGGCCUAGUGGAACAGUCCUAUGUUGAGUUGAUAAAGAGUCACUGUACUCAUUUUCAAAUAGUGUGCCAAGUUAUUGUUUAUGCACAUAAUUAUUGCGUACAUAUGACCACCAUCUUCACAUCGCAUCUGAAGAAUGCAAAGCAGGAAAAAAAGUGGUUUAUUUAUAUUUUGUGUAUGGUGUUUGCAACAUAAUGAGGAAGAACUUGAAGCUGGCCGUAGUAGUAUUUCGAAAUAUAAUUUGGCUAAAUUGGAAUAAAGCUUUUUUUUUUCUUGUUGGAUAUUUUAGUAUAAUUAUCACUUGUGUAAUACUGUUAUGUUCUACUAUAACAUGAAAUUAGAUCAUCUUUAGAUUGUCAAAUUUUAUAUCAUUAUUGUAGUGUUACAUUAUUUUACACAUUAAUGGAUUUGUUGCACUUUCAUUAAGUAGUUGACUGUAAAAAUAAGUAUAGAAUGUAAAGCCAUAAGUAAGCUUAUAGGUAUUUAUAGACUUUUAGUUUUUGAUGUUAAAGACAAUAAGAAAUGAGAUUUACUGUAAAGGGAAAUGUUUAGCACAGACCUUAUAUAGCACCGCUUUGUACUAUGGUUACCGAAUUAGGCACUCUUUCUAACAAGCACCAAUUUUGAAUAAAUACUUUGCGCCAUACCAUCAUGAUUUUUUUCCCCACUAAAAUCCGUUUUAAUUAAAUUCUCUCUCACUUAUUAGAGUUGUAAUCAAUUUUAAUUAGGUAUUGUUGCGCUUAAUUGAGAAUACAUCUUAAUCAACAUGCCCUGGUUUAAUAACAAAAAAUUAAUAGUCGUAGUUUAAGGUGAGUAAUGAUAGUGGAGCAGGGAAUAUUUUAGUAAUUGAUACUACGUACAAUAUCACUCAUCUAGUGUAUAGAAUACUUCUGUAUUAUUUGCUUAAAAAGUGCUGCUCACGAAGAAACUCCAUUUGUAUAUGCACCGCAUUGGAGCUUCCAAAAAUUCUAUAAGUUGUACUGUAGAGCAUUUUUGCUUUUUUGGGGUCAUUUACGGUACAUUCACUUUCUUCUAUCAUUCUUAUGAACUACAGUAUGUAUUUUAUAUAAUAUUAUAUUUCACUUUAUUAUCAAAAUUAAAGUUGGUCACAAAUCGUGGCUCAAAGGCCAAAUUGUAUGCGAGUCUAACAAUUUCAAUAUAAAAAAUGUAUUAUAGAGGAUUAAAACAACUAUGCAGUAGUUGAAAGCAUGGAGGUAUAGAAUAGAAUAAAAAUAUUGUUAUACCUCCAUGUUGAAUGUACUGUAAGUUAGGGGGUAGGGUUGUGUUUAAUGAUGUAUGGUAUACAUGUCAAUUGGUAUACUGUAAAUUGAUGUUAAUCAAAUCUGGUAAAAAUUAUUAUUAUUAAGACAUACAUUAUAAAAAUGGAGCUAUCUCUAUUGCAUAAGUGUUUAUUGUUUUUGCUAAUCUGUGUUUUUAUUGUGAAAAUUGUUGAAUGUUUACAGCAUCAGAAACUGCAUGUCGUCAUCGUAGCUUACUUUACAUUAUGACAGUAUAUGUAAUGUAACAGAAAAGGGGUACAUAGGUGUACUGUGUGUUUAUAAAUUACAAGGGUGCUGUUUGCAUGAAAUCUUCAUUAUGUAACCUGCUGUUGAACAUAUCCAGCUCAAUCUCAGUUUUUGAAACUUCACACAUACAGGGGUCCCAAGUGGGAAGGGUCAAUUCUGAGAGACUGCAGUGACAGUUCCAGGGAGGGACUUUCACAGAUAGAGGGUCUAGACCACCUCAGCCCCGCCAUGGUUGGGGCGCCCCCUCUUGAAUCCACUACUGAUCGGUAUAAUGAGCUUUCUUAACGCAAUUAAUUUUGCUACACAUCAUCAAUUGAUAAUAAAGCAGUGAAAACAUGCAAAUAUUAUGAAUUUGCGGGAGGUGGGUUAUUUUCCCGGGAGAUUCUUGCUUGCUUGUGGGAGGCCGUCCCGAUUUCCUGGAGACUCCUAUGAUUUGUGGGAGACUUUUGAACCCCUGCACCUAACAAAUGAUAUAUUGCAUGUUUUUCAUUGAAAUGAUAAUGUGUGACAGCAAUGUUCAAAUUUAACAAUUAUAUUUUGCUAACACAAAAUAUGUCUUAAACAAAAUAAUGACAAUGAAGAUAUUAAAAUUAUAUAGUAAUAGAAUAAAAAGAAUAAUUGAUUUCUGUUACAAUAAACUAUGCUCUGUUAUUAGA